AUGGAUGGUAGCCAAAGAACAAUUUUCUUGACUGGAAACAUGAGCUUACCAAAUGGUUUAGCAAUAGACUAUGAAACAUCAAGGAUUUAUUGGACUGAUGCAAGAUCAAAAACAAUUGAGUAUGCAAGUUUAACUGGAAAAGGCAGAACAAUAUUAAUGUCAGAAGUAUCUUUUCCUUUUGGUUUAACUAUUUUCAAUUCCUUAUUACUUUGGACUGACAGAGUCAAUAACAGUAUUCAUUCAGUUGAUAAAAUGAAUGGAAAAAAUGCAAAACUACUUAUCCGAGGAUUGUCUGGUUUAAUGGACCUAACUAUAAUGGAACACCAUAAAGAAACGGUUACAACAAAAUGUCUUAUAAAAAAUGGAGGCUGUUCCCACUUAUGUCUUUUAUCUCCUAAACCUGAACGUUACAGCUGUGGAUGUCCAAUUGGUAUAUUACUGCAGGAAGAUGGAAAAACAUGUCAUAUAGCUCCAGAGAGAUGGUUGAUUGUGGCUCAUAGGAAGCAAAUCCGUCAGAUUUCACUUGAUGUUCCUUACAUAGUUGAUGUGGUACUUCCACUUCACAAUCUUACUGGUGCUGUAGCAGUGGAUGUGGACACUCAUAAUGGUGAUAUUUAUUGGUCAGAUACAAGUGCAGAUGUAAUAAGGAGAGCAGACCCUGUCGACUUUGAAGUGACUAAUAUUGUUUCUGAUGGACUUGACAUGGCUGAUGGUAUUGUUAUUGAUACAACUGGGAGAAAGUUGUAUUGGACUGAUGCUGGAACUAAUAGCAUCCAGGUUUGUUCUUUGAACAGCUGUGGUACAAUGCAUAAGGUUUUGAUUUGGAAACACCUUGAUAAUCCACGAGCUAUCACUUUGAGUUACGAUAUGGGAUUGUUGUUCUGGACUGACUGGGGAAGUAAACCACGUAUUGAACAAGCAGACAUGGACGGCCAUAAUAGAAUAACACUAAUCAACAAGGAUUUAGUUUGGCCCAAUGGUUUAGCUAUAUAUAAUAAUAGAAUGUAUUGGACAGAUGCAAAGUCACAGACCAUUGAAACUGCAUCCUUAACUGAUACCAAUGACAGAAUAAGACUCAUAAGUGAUCUGCCUCAUCCUUAUGCUUUAGUCUUGUUUGGAGAUUAUAUAUAUUGGACAGAUUGGAGUACCAAAGCCAUUCACCGGGCAUUUAGAAAUGGAUCAAAUAACCUAACCAUUUUGAGUGAUCUGGAAGGAUUGAUGGAUAUUAGAGCUGUUCAUAAAAUGGAAGAAAGACCUAAUGUUUGUGGAAAAAAUAAUGGUGGAUGCAGUCAUCUUUGUCUUCGUAAUGCUAAAGGUUAUUCAUGCGCUUGUCCUACAGGAAUUAUUUUACAGAGCGAUAAUAAAAGUUGUGUUAACCAACCAUCUGCAUACCUAUUAUUGGCCACCCACAGAGCUUUAGUAAGAGUAUCUUUGGACACAACUGAAAUGUGGUAUGUGACAUUACCUACUCCGAACAUUCAUCAAGCUUCAGCAGUUGACUAUCAUUGGAACGAAAGUGUUAUAUUUUACAUUGACGGACAUAUCAAUGCUAUUAGAGCUGUCAACAUGUCUUUAUUAAAUCAUACUUGGGAUGUCAUUUCGAAUCUUAGCCAACCUGAUGGGUUAGCAGUGGACUGGAUCUCAAAUACCAUUUAUUGGUCAGACAAAGGAUCAAAAACAAUAGAAGUAUCCAAACUGGAUGGAAGCUCUAGAAAAGUCGUUAUCUCCAAUGCUGAAGAACCUAAAUGCAUUGCCAUCCAUCCCAAAAUGGGCUACUUAUACUGGGCUGACUGGGGUCGUAGUCCUAAGAUAGAGUGGUCAUAUCUUGACGGAUCUGGAAAGAAAGUGAUAAUAGAUGGAGAUUUGGGUUUUCCAUAUGGUUUAGCUGUUGAUACAGAAAGGGAAAAGUUAUAUUGGACAGAUUCACUGAAAAAUAGAAUUGAAAUGUCAGAAUUAACAGGCUCAGGACGGAUGCUACUGAUUCCUGAUGCUGGGCAUCCUUAUGGUCUCACUGUGUAUGGGGACUAUAUGUUCUGGACAGACUGGUACAAAAAGGGAAUAGAGCAAGCAGAUGCAGAGAGUGGCAGAGAAAAAACCAAACUGCCAGGCCAUGUUGAAGGAGUGAUGGAUAUCAAAGCAGUCUCUCCAGUUAAGCAGCAAGGGAGGAACCCAUGUUCUGUUCAAAAUGGCUACUGUACUCAUCUCUGUCUCUUCAGGGGUAGUCACGGUUAUGUCUGUGCGUGCCCUGAUAUUAAGGACCCCUUAUGUUCCACUGAACCAUCUUCAAGAGUGGAAUGGGACAUUGGAUUCGACCCAUUGGGUACUGGCUUUGUUACAAAGGAAGUAAAACCUGAAAAUUCCUUAACUACCCUUAUCAUCCUUGGUGUAGUGAUUUCAGUUAUCAUCAUAAUUGUAGUAGGCUACAUUGUUUAUAAUCGGUAUCGCAGAAAAAAACGAAGUGAGCGUGUAUACAUGUAUAAUGGAAGAAGUGUAUUAACAUUUUCAAAUCCAAAUUAUAAUGUGUCAUCCUCCAAUAUUGAAGCAACAGAAGAACAUCAUAGACCAUCUAUAUGGAGAAAACUACGUUUUGAUAGGUCUCAUGAGAGGACACUGUGUUCCUGCGAUACAGGUCAAUGUGAUGGGGAUAAGACAGGCAAUGCUGAAGUUGUUUCAUUGAUUCGUGUACCUCCCAGUCCCAGCCCGAUAUUGCUACCUUCGAAAUCCCUGGCUUCAACAUCGAAUUGUUAA